AUGGAGAAGCACGGUAUUGGCACCGAUGCUUCUAUUCCUGUACAUAUCAAUACAAUUUGUCAAAGGAACUAUGUUGCAGUGGAAAGUGGUCGUCGUUUGGUUCCAACAAAACUAGGAAUCUCACUGGUGCACGGUUACUGGCGAGUUGACAGAGAACUGGUUUUACCAACAAUGAGAGCAGAGGUUGAAACUCAACUUAACCUUAUCGCUCAAGGAAAAGCCGAUUACCAAGCUGUGAACCACGUGCUGGAAAUGUUCCGUCAAAAAUUUGUGUACUAUGUGAAAAACAUCGCGCAGGUCGAUGUUUUAUUUGAAGCUUCUUUUACUUCGCUCGCCGAGACCGGAAAGCCGUUUUGCCGAUGCGGCAAGUGCAGGCGAUACAUGAAAUUGCUGGAUACAAGGCCUCAGCGGCUUUUCUGUCCUUGUUGCCAGGAGACCUAUGCUGUACCAAAUUCCAAGCAUGGAGUUCUGCAACCGUAUGGAGAUAAGAAGUGUCCACUUGAUGAUUUCGAUCUAGGUUCUGGCGGAAAACUUGCUCGAAGCUUUGUGUUUUGUCCCUUCUGCUAUAAUAAUCCUCCGUUUGAGUCGAUGAAAGAAGGGCAUGGGUGUAACCAUUGUCCCCACCCGACUUGUCCUCAUUCAUACAUGACAUCAGGAGUGUGUGGAUGUUUGCAAGAGUGUGGAGGAGUAAUGGUACUGGAUCCACAGUCGCAUCCGAAGUGGCGUCUGACGUGCAACAAGUGCCCAUCGGUGGUGUCGAUGUUUGAGGGUGCUGUUAAAAUUCGAGUUAUGGAGACCUCCUGUCCACAAUGCCAGGCACAGAUAAUAAAUGUGGAUUACAAGGUUAGCUGUGUGUUCCUGGGUGUCGGACUGCGAGGUACAGGGCGGGAGAUUCGUCUCCCAGGCGGAGUCUCCCAAGCUGAGGAGUCCGGCGUUGCCAUCAGGUAG